AUGGCCGCUAUGGUAGCUCUUUGCAGUGGGCUAGGGAAGAGAAAGUUGAUGCAUUUUGCAACAGCUGUUUUCUGCCUCACAAAUCCUGGGACUCAUGCAGUGCUGUGGAGAAGAAGUUGUUCACAAUAUAAACAGGUAACCAGCAACGGGGACCUGGUCUUUGUGGGAAGAAACAAAAAGAAAUCACAAAAGUAA